AUGUGCUACGCUGGCGACACCGACUCUGAGUGCCAGGACUGCCUCGAUCGCGCACCCGAUGGUAUCAUGAAGUUGUGCUCGUACAGCCGGACGGUUCAGGCCGUCUACAACUCUUGCUCCCUCCGAUACUCUGAUGAGUCAUUCUUCUCCGUUGCUGACCUCUCCAUUGUUGACAUAGCUGAUCUUUCCAUCAUGCCCCAGGUCGAACAAACCCCUUACCGACCUUGGAACCACAUAGGCCCUGAUCAAACUUGGUACGAUGGAGGCGUACUUGUAGGGCACGUCGUGGACACGGUUGGCUUCAGCCAAACAAGGCUCAAGCUUAUUCAUCGGCUCACGGUGAAGGCCACCCAAGCGGCUGUGCGGAUCGCGGAGGGCACACAACCGUUCACUGGCAUGCAGUUGUUGCAGGCGGUGGUGCAGUGCACGAGGGAUCUGCCACCGAGCGAGUGCACACGCUGCCUCUCCUACUACACCGAUCAGCUGCCACGACUGUUCCCAAACAACACCGGCGGCGCCAUCAAAGGGUCGAGCUGCUACCUGCGGUACGCUGUCCUCGCAGAAAAACCGCGGACCAUGCAGGUGCGGAUGGAGAGAUACCUAUAUAGCGAGAAAUAUCGCAGAGAACAUGAGAAGCAGAUCACCAAGAAUGAAAAGUACCGUGAGGAGUACCGCAGAGAACGACGACGAAAUGUGGCCAUCGUUACCAUCCUUUUCACCAUCUCUAUGGUGCCAGUGGUGUGCCUGAUCGGCACGUUGGUUCGGUUCUUGAGUUACAGGUGGCUAUAUUGGAUGGCGGCCGCCAGGGUUGCCGUGAGAUCAGACCUAGAAAGUCUUGCGAAAGUGAUGGCUUACUAUCGCGGCAAAAGCAUAUACGAAGAUGAGUUCGAGCAAGGUACUGGACCCCGACGGUUCACAUAUGAUGAGCUUGUGGCUGCCACCAACGGCUUCUCCAGCCAGAACAAGCUAGGCGAAGGAGGCUUCGGGUGUGUGUACUGGGGAUUCCUCAACGAGUUGAAUCUUCACAUCGCAGUGAAGAAAGUGUCCAAGAGCUCUCGUCAGGGCUGGAAGGAGUUUGUUUCAGAGGUGAGGAUCAUCAGCCGGCUCCGGCAUCGAAACCUUGUGCAGCUCCUUGGAUUUUUUCGAUAA